AUGACAUUGUUCAAAUGGAAGGAGAAAAACUUACAAAAAUCAAAGAAGCAGAAGUUCCAAAGACUAAAAGAUAGAGCAUUCUUCGGACUCGCCAAGUAUUACAUGAGAUUUGCGGAGAUUGCGGCACCACAUACAGACUUAAAGAAAAAAGGCCUACCAAACAAUGUACGAUUGGGAGAUGAGCAGGAAAAAGAAGAAGAAAUCAAGAAACUUGCCCCCGAUAUUGAUUGGCGAUAUUGUCCAACAGAUACAAAUUCCGAUGAUUUACAACCCAGACGUCUUACUGCGACCAAGUUACAAGAACAUUAUGGUGAUGACGAUGUAGUGUUAGAUCCCUUUCUCUGUUCAAAGAGUGUAGAAGAAAUAAGAAAAUUAAUUGAAUCGGGGGAGCUUCCAAGCCAAAAGAUACUUGAUGAGAUGUGUCAGAUUUACGAGAGGAAAUCCAAAGAGAUAACUAUCACAUGCGAAGCAAUUUGUGAACAUAUAAAAUCAAAACAUGCCUCUAUUGCAUAUGUUUGGGCUGCUUAUACAAUUCAAAACCCGCAUAGAAUAACUUUUGUAGUGAUUGUGAAUUACAAAUCAGAAGGUGACACUAAUAUAGAGCCUCUAGGUUUAGACAAAUUGAUUCCAUACUCAUUUGCCAAUCAAUACGUCGGCGAAUUUAGCUUAGAAGGCACUGAGGUACUAAGGCAACAGACAUCAGCUUUAGAAGGAUUAGAGGAAAAGUCCUAUCAAAAACUUCAAAGCUGCAUUUCAAAAUACUCUGAAGUUUUGAUGAAAAAACACAAGUUCUUGUCAAUUAUAUCUGCAUCCUCAAAUCGGUCAAAAGGGUUUGGCGCUUCAUGGGAACUGCUGCCUGAAAAGUGUAUCGUUCUUUACGUCCAGAAAAAGAAUUACAUUCCAAUUGAUGAAGACCCAUUUAAAAAGUAUUAUGACGGCAUUGCAGUCGAUGUAAGAGAGGGGGCCUUUAUUCCCUUUGUACGUACAUCUAAAGAAAGGCUUGAUCCUGUAAUGAUGGGUUGUGAAAUAGGAGGAGAUUCCCAUAAUGGUCAAUAUGUCCGAGGUACCCUUGGCUGUUUUAUAGACCAUCCUCAAUUUGGAGUUUGUGGAUUAACAUGUGGACAUGUUCUUUUAAGUCCAAAUGAGUUGCGGGAAUUAAAAACAACUUAUAGGGGUUCCUUAAAGUGGCCUUUGCACGAUAUGUACAAAAACGUUUAUCAGCCUGCUGAUCAGAAUUCAUCUCCAAUAGGACACACCGUUCAAUUCAUCUGCGAAUCAGGUUCUGGAACAAAAUCUGGAAUGGAACUGGCUUUGUUCAAAAUCACAGACAGACGACCAAAGUCUGCAGAUUUUCCAGAGGCGACAAUUAUUUCGGCAUCAAGCGUUAAUAAUAUCAAGUACGACAGUUGGCGUAUAUGUAGCACAGACAGGCUGAAUAAGAAGAAUCAAGUGAUGAAAUUUGGAUCCAAAACAGAGUUCCGUAAUGGAACUUUAAUGUUUGAUAAUACCGCAGUUAAAUAUCUCGAUAACUAUCCACUUUCUUUUGGAGAUGAAGUUCUAAAACUUUUUAAGCAAAUUGAAGUUAAACAAAAUGACCGUGCUUUUGCUGAUCUUGGCGAUUCAGGAGCCCUUGUGUUUCUUGCUGAAAACAAUUGUUGUAUAGGGAUUGUAGAAGGAGGCACAACGUACGGGACAGUGGUCGUCACUCCAAUAGUUCCUAUUUUGGAAGAAUUGAAAGUGCAUUGUUUAAAAAGUUUUGAAUCAGAAACAAAUUUGUCUCAUAUAGAUAACCAGAUUCAAAGCAUGCAUGGGGAUAUGCAACAAAUGAAAUGUGAUUUACAAUCUGUUCGCCAGGACAUAAAAAACAUUGAUACAAAUCUUCAGAUAAUCGCACAAUCUCUUUCGAAAAAUCAACAAUAGCGAGGUUACAAUUCAAACAGAUUUCAGUGCGUUUAAACGUUUUACAAGUGUAUAUUUUUAUAUUAUUGUCUUUUAUUGAAAUACGCCAGGAGUAUAUAUUAACUUUUAUAUCUUUCCUGUUCCAAGGGAAGUUAAUCAGAACAUAUUUAAAUAUUAUGCUUCCUCAGCUUUAAUAGCUAUUUGAAAGUCUGAGUUGUUUGUAACAUUUCUCAUACUUAUUUGCUAUUGCAAAAACGGUUCCGUAUUUACAUUCAAUUUGUUUAUUUACAAUAUUUCAUAAAUGAUACGAAUGAUAUAGAAUUAGCUCAUUGUUCUUGCUGUCUGGCCUAUGGCUAUGACAAAUUUGUAUGUAAGGCGUUUUUGAAAGUACGCCUUCGGGCUUAUUUGGAUGAUAAGAGGUUAUUGCACAUUUACAGGUAAGUGUGUGCAUCGUUCCAUUUUCCUUACAUCUAUAAUAUAAAUUCAAACGCAAGACUUGGUUUUUAAAGAAUUACCUGUGAUACAGCAAUGUAUUUUUAGACAAAUUCAUUUAUCUACUUUUAUUAUAAAAAUAUGUGAUGUGUGCAUUUACUGUAUAUUUAUAUAAGUAUUUCAACCUGAAUUAAGAUCAAUCCAUCGAUUAACCAUAUUAAAUUAAUAUUAAAACUUUUGAUGUUAUUAUUUGUGAUUGCCGAAUAUACAUGACAUAAGCAAUGCAAAAUUAUCAUCCAUGUCACCUUCAAUGAUUGGAGGUUGUUUUAUAAGGUUAUUUUACAUUUUCUAAGCUAAGAAAUGUUUUUAUGGUAAUAAUUAUGUUUCAAUACUUCACUUAAUGGCUGCAAUGACUUAGAAUAGGCUUAAGUUUGAAUUCCACAAGUUAAAAAUAUUUUGACCUUGAAUGCAAGGUUAAUGACAGUGUACCUUUUUGGCUAUAUGUAAUGUAGUUUUGAAGACAGUGGUGUUGUUAUUAAAUAUGUGAUAGCUUG